AUGGAAUAUAGGAAAAGCGAUGUCAGCGGACUUGCGGGCCAGAAAAGAGCGGAAGCGAAGCAGAAGUUGCAACCAGACGAUCGACAACGGAGUGGAAUACGAUUUUUGAGGAGUGUACACGUCCAAGCUGGUGACUCAAGUGUAGCCCAAAGGACCACCAAAAAAACAGAGGUAUCCACUCAGUCACAUGUUGAGAAGCGUGAGCGGCGAGUUCAGACAAAGCUGUCAAGCAUCGACUCAAGCCAAAUAAAGUCGAUCAAAGAGCUGCAGAGGAAGGCCAGGCAUAUACAGGCAGUGCUGACUUCUCCUGUGCGAUCCGUUCGCUCCUCUGCGCUGUCAUCUAAAUCGGAUGGAACGGAGAUCGCUUACAGUGGUGAUGGUUUUAAAUUCAAAUUAUCUACUCAAAACACCCCUAUAUCUUCAACUGCCGUUCUUGAAUACCGCUAUUCAAGCCAGUACAAAGAUGUCUUCCAGACUUGA